AUUAAGACUUUAUUUAACUGUUGCUCGUGUUUAAACUAUAGAAGUACACGAGGUUUAGGAUAACGCACUAAGCCUAGAAAGUAGUCUUCCCCGAUGCGUUUAAAAGGAAGCUAGAAGCUGAAGAAUGAAUCUCAUAGAGAUUCCUUAUGGAUAGUAUACGUAUGAUGUUGAGGGCGUGUAGUUCCGUAGCGGAAUCGUUGAGGAUGUGAUAUCAGGAUAUUUGUGACUACUGGAUGAUAGGAACUCAUUGACUGUUCCAGUGGGUUUUUCUAGAUUUCCACCUUCGAUGUAUUAGGCCUGAUCAACUUAAUAUUGAGGGGGUGAUAUUCGGAAUCACAACUGGCGAUGGACUUUGAUAGAAGGAUGUGUAAGAUGAAUUUGAAUUAGAUCGAAGAUUAGUCGAGUUUGGAAGUAAAAGUUCGCGUUAAGUAUUAGUUUUCUUGCGAAGGAGUUAUAGUUUUAAGAAAUGGAUAUUCAUUUAAGAAGUAUUGAAGAAUUAAAGGAUAUUAGAGGUCCAAACUUAGUGAAGGCUUAGAUUUUAGAUCAAUCGCUUUGAUCACGAACGUGUGAGACAUGAAGUCUUGUCAAGUUUUGAUCGAAAGACUAAGUAUUGGAAUGAUUGGAGGAUGAUCAAAUUACCGAAAGGGAAGUGUUCGUAUCAAGAUGAAUACUUGAGGUAUAGUUAUGAUUGGAUCUUCUAGAGGAUAAGCCUCGAUUUAUGCGAAGUGUUAGGGAUUUCAAUAAGUCUAAAUUGGUUUGAGUGAGGAAGGUUUUGAGGACGAAGACGACAAUAAUGGAUUGUUAGAUAGUAAGAGGGUGAUUAGCUUAUGAGUGGUUGAUGAAUUUAUGAUUAAGGGAAUCAGUCUUGUUCUGUACGAGGUAAUAAGACUCAAGUCGAGUUUUAAAUUUGAAUGGUGACUAAGUAGAAGAUUGAUUUCAUGGUGCGAAUGAGGAUAAUUACGAAGUUGGAAGUGACGUUAAUGGACUAGUAGAUUCCAAGGCAAUAGUUCGUCUAGGAGUUAUCAAGCGAUCGAGUUGAGUUUUGGAUCAUGAGUGCUUUAGUGAAAGUUAUUGGAACAAAGACACGGACGAUGCUAUAUGGGAGUUAGAGGAAAAGAUCAAGGAAUAAUAUCCGGAGCUUUUUACUGAACCCUAAGUUUCGAGGACGAAACUUUCUUUUUGGAGGGUAGUAAUGUAAGACCCAAGUUUUUAAGUUUAGGAGGAGUAAAUAAAAUUCCUAUUCACGAUUAGAUUUGAUGGAUCGUGAAGGGAAACCUGAACAAGAGUUUAUGGAAUGGAAUAAAUUUAUGAAGGAGAAAGUUCAGGAAAAGUCUAAGUAUUAUAUCAAAAUCGAUAGAAGUUAUAGCACGACUAACAUUCGCUUUAACCUAGGUCAAGAACGCUAGUAAAUAGCUAAUUUACUCUUUAAGGCACGAUGGAAACUAAUUCCAAAAAUCUUCAGAGAAAUGUUAGAACUUCUCUUAUUCGUCUAUAAACGAGCGUUUCGAUAUGGAACCCUGGAAUGUACGAACGACAAAUUCCAAUACUCGGAAGUUUGCCGAAACCGAAACCCUGAUAGUUCAGAAACCCUAGAAUCAACGGACGAUGAAGACUUUUUCUGUUCGGAGCUUCAAACGAAGAUUCCACACGCGUAGACCCAUUUCUUUCGAUGAUUCCAAUCUUUCUUCAGAAGGAAGUUUCUUCAUCCGACGUCAAACGCAAAAAGUAGUUUUGCGGCAUAUUUCAACCCAUACUACGUUCAAGCUAUUUUCUCACUUAAAUGAACCAGGAACAAGUAUCGACAUUUUAUAGAGAGAUACUUAACUCUGAUGCAUAAUAUGACAACUUCAUAUUUAUUCUGAUCGUCUCACAAAUAUUAUUUAGCUCAGUUUUUACUCAUUUCUUUGUCCAUGGAUCAUUUUAAUUUGCUCAAAGUGAUCCAAACUUAUAUUUCAUUAUUUCAUAGAGUCUCUCAUAAUUUUUGGUAUAGUAAUAUAUCAACUCUAUAUUUUUCUCUUAACUUUGUGAGCUAAAUUCUUCAGUGUCUAAAUCAAUUCGUACCGGUUUUAUAAAUAUCUUCCCUAAAUAUCUAAUAAUCCAUCCUCAUCCUCUGUGACUCACGUUCACUCCCUCCUUUUCUUUCAUUUGUCACGUUUCUUUCUUUCUCUUGCAGCAGACCAUAAUCUUUCUUUCUUAUUCUUCUUCUUCUCUAUUUCUAUAUAUAUAUAUCUUACCACUUGUUGCAACUCACGUUCUCUCUCUCAGAAGCAUCACCACCAGACUUCAAUAUUUAUUCAUUUCCUUUCUUUUUAUUUCUUUUGCUGCAGCUCCCCAAUUCUUUCCACUUAUUCUUCCUCUCUUUUCUUUCCCCUGGGCAGCAUAAAAAAACGCACAUCAUGGUCCCUUUUCCUCCCUCACGUGAUUCCACUCUUGUGCAGCACCAUCAUCUUCAUCUUCCAAUUUUAUGGGUACGAAGGACGAAAACGCCUUGCGACGAAGCUAAAGAAUAGAAGGAAGCGAGCCGACGCGGAAAACAAAGAUGUGAUAGGAUUGGAGUUGCAGUUUAGGAAGAAAAUUGGCUAAGGAUUGCUGAUUACCUCUUUAUUUCGGAUACUCAUGAGGUGCAUGGGAUUAUAUAAAGGGGAGUAAAUUAAAUGAAAGGGCCAGCAUUGCAACUUAAUGAUAGUUGCAGCAGUCAAAACAUAUUACCGGAUAUUGAGGAAGAUAAGGAUACCUCUAAGGAGAACAAUGCUUGUGGGGGAUUUACUGCAUAAGGAGAAGGAACUGAGAUAUCGCGUCUGGUUCAGCAGUUGAUUCUUAACCAGCUUAAGAGUCGAUAAUAUCUUCAAAAAAAAAAAAAGAGAUAUCGGGGGCAAGGUGCACUUAACAGCAGAUACUCUUGGAGAAGUGGAAACGCAUAGAACCUGGAACUGAGACAUCGCGUCGGAUAGCGAGAAUGAAGGGCGGGAGGAAGAGGUCACGACAUGCUUCUACUAGUGAGGAUCCAGCGGAUCGACACGAGCGCUUGCAUGCUUCUACCAGGCGCGGCGACCAUAUUGCAGCCACUCAGGCGGUAGAGGCUUCAGCUCCGUCUCCAUCCCCAUCUGCUACUCUGGUCGAGGCUCCGUUAGCUACUCCGGCUCCAUCUGCUACUCCGGUCGGGGCUCCGUCAGCUACCCCCGCUCCGUCUGCUACUAGGGAUGCAGCUGAGCUGGAUCCUACUCCGUUUUCUCCGAUGGCUGAGUUACCUCGUCAGGAGACAUCUUCUUCUGAGCCUAGUGGCGAGGAGUCUUCUUCUUCUUCUGAGCUUAGUGGUGAGGAGGAGGAGCCUCUUAUUCUGCAGGAGGAGAUUGAUGCUGCUGAUGUUGUGCCAGAUGUGGUGCUAGAGGGCGGUGCAGAUGACGACCUCAUCCAGAGGGUGGCACCGUUUCCCGGGGGGCCUGAGGAUCUGUCACUUCUUGCGCAUUAUCCUGACCACAAGGCUCCUUGGACGUGGCAGGCACUUCUUCGCACAGACCCGCGGUACGUGGACCGUCGGACAUUGAGGGUGGCCACUGUUGGGGGGAAGGUAUGGAACCUCCCCUGUGAUGGCGAUUCAGAGGCCCACACACAUGUGCGACAGCUGCUGCAGCAGACGGGUUUGUAUCACCUGCCUUGGUGCGGGUUACCGGAGACAGACCCAACUGUCAUACUGGCCCUUGUUGAGAGAUGGCAUGAGGAGACGAGUAGCUUCCACAUGCCGUUCGGGGAGAUGACUAUCACCCUGGACGAUGUGUCGGCUAUUCUCCAUCUUCCCACAGGGUCGAGGUUCUACACUCCGGGCAGAGGGGAGCGAGAUGAGGUUGCAGCGCUCUGCGCCCAGCUCCUGGGAGGAUCUGUUGCUGAUUAUCUGGCUGAGUUUGAGGCGGCGGGUGGCCAGAACAUUCGGUUCAUUACUCUGAAGACCAUGUACACGUCUGCUAUGGAUGAGGCUAUGAGGAUGCUGCUAGGAUCUGGCUGGUGAACCAGCUUGGUGCCACCCUCUUUGCCAGCAAGAGUGGUGGUUACCACACUACUGUCUACUGGAUCGGGAUGCCUGAGGACCUCGGUCGCGUGUCGGAGUACGCGUGGGGUGCGAUUGCGCUGACAUCGUUGUACGAACAGCUGAGUCGUGCUUCUCGCAGGAAGACAGCGCAGAUCGGUGGGUUCACCUCCCUCGUGCUGUCAUGGGCAUAUGAGUACAUAUCCAGCAGCGUCAUUAUCAGGACGGAGGUCCCCGGCUACACACAGGACCAGCCUAGGGCGCAGCGGUGGUCCACGUCUCGGAUCGCGCAUUCCGGACUCGAUGAGAGACGAGUCAUGCUCGAUGAGCUUACAGUGGAUGAUAUCACAUGGACCCCUUUUGAGGACCAUCGAGAUGUUCGACCGCGGGAUCCCAGGGCCCUCUAUUCCGGCUACAUCAGGACACCUUACGGCCGGUCUGUGAGCCGACAUCUACCAGAGCGGGUUAUGCGCCAGUUUGGCUUCAUACAGGACAUCCCUUGACACCCCUCUGAGAUCCAGACGACGGGGUCCCUUGCUGAGACCACAGAUGCUGCCUAUGCUGAGUUUGAGCCGCACCUCCGCCCUCAGGGGAUACCUGCUACAUAUCCGGGAGAGGCGGUGGAGGGUUACAUGAGGUGGUAUAGCAGAGUGUCCCAUGUGUUCAUCAUCCCUGAGGAUAGGAGGGAGGAGCUUAGUGCCGUGUCUGCCAUACGUAGGGGUGUGGAGUUGUUGGAGCAGUCCCUGGAGGUGCCAGGUGCUCUUGCUCCAGGGACACAGCCCCGAAUCCUCACGGAGAGGGCGCUCGAUCUCUUUCGACGGAGUUCCUUCGUUGGUACCCAGGGAGUUGCCUUUUCUGCUAUUCGAGGAGUUUGAAAUCAAUGAGUUUCAGGCAUUUGAUUGACACAAAUCCCCUAAUAUUUGUGUAGAAAGGGGUCUUGAAAAGGUGAUCAAUUUUAUUCAUACUGCGCUCAAACGAUGCUACUAUCUCAGUGUGA